GCUUACAAUUCAAACGUGCGUUUUUCUCUCUUCUCCUCUCACCUCACUUUUCCGGAGAUUUUGAGAGUUGUGAGAAGUUGCUAAAAUCUGGAUCAACGGAAACAGAGCUCGCCGGAGGCUGUGAAGCCAUCUAUGGCGGAGUCUUCAACGAAUAUUGGUCAAGUGUCAGUGUCGAUAGAGAAGGACGUUGUAGAUGAAAAUGGUGAUGAUAAUGCUUGUGGUGCUGUUGUUGCUGACCUGGAUGGCAGAGAAGUCGUUGGUGGUUCAGCUUCCAAUGGCGUCAAUGACUCUUCAGGGACUUCUGGUGCGGAAGUUGCAAGAGUAAAUACACUGCCUCACAAAAUUUUUAACUCAGACAAAUCUGAAUCACAUUCAGGUCACCUUAAGUUGGGAAGAUCAAAAUCUGAGACACCUACACAUAAUAGUCAAUUUGCUCAAGAGGCAGCAAAUAUCUUUGAUGUCAAAAAUUCUGAACAACAGAAGCUCAAGUUGUUGAAGAGAAUCGCUACUGUCAAAGACAAUGGAACUGUAGAAUUUGAGAUUCCGGGUGAUGAAGAAUCCAGGGUGCUUGGAGUUGACUCUCAAAGUGUCUGUAAUGAAGUUGAAGAUGAACCUCUUGAUGAAAUAGAACUUCACUAUAUUCCCCCAAUACAGAUUGUAAUGCUUAUUGUUGGAACACGUGGUGAUGUGCAACCUUUUAUUGCAAUUGGCAAACGUUUACAGGAUUAUGGCCAUCGAGUGAGGCUGGCAAGCCAUGCAAAUUUCAAAGAGUUUGUCUUAACUGCUGGGUUGGAGUUCUAUCCCCUUGGGGGUGAUCCAAAAGUUUUGGCCGGAUAUAUGGUUAAAAACAAGGGAUUCUUACCUUCUGGACCCUCAGAAAUUCCUGUUCAGAGAAACCAGUUGAAGGAUAUUAUAGGUUCUCUACUCCCAGCUUGCAAAGAACCUGAUAUGGAUACUGGGGUACCCUUUAAAGCAGAUGCAAUGAUUGCUAAUCCCCCAGCAUAUGGGCAUGCACAUGUUGCAGAAGCACUGAAAAUUCCAAUUCAUAUUUUCUUUACAAUGCCAUGGACUCCAACUAGCGAAUUUCCUCAUCCAUUGUCCCGUGUUAAACAACCAGCUGGAUAUCGGCUAUCGUAUCAGAUUGUUGACUCCUUGAUUUGGCUAGGAAUACGAGAUAUGAUAAAUGAUACCCGGAAAAAAAAACUGAAGCUAAGACCAGUCACAUAUUUAAGCGGUUCUCAAGUCUCUGAGCUGGAUAUCCCACAUGGAUAUAUUUGGAGUCCUCACCUUGUUUCUAAACCAAAAGAUUGGGGACCAAAGGUAGAUGUGGUGGGAUUUUGCUUCCUCGAUCUUGCAUCUGGUUAUGAACCUCCAGAAUCACUAGUAAAUUGGCUGAAAGAUGGUCAGAAACCCAUUUACAUUGGCUUUGGUAGCCUUCCUGUUCAAGAGCCAGAGAAAAUGACCCAAAUAAUUGUUGAAGCAUUGGAACGCACGGGACAAAGGGGGAUCCUUAACAAAGGUUGGGGUGGCCUUGGCAAUUUGGCUGAACCAAAGGAUUUUGUGUACUUGCUUGAUAAUUGUCCCCAUGAUUGGCUAUUCUUACAAUGUUCUGCAGUGGUGCACCAUGGGGGUGCUGGAACAACGGCUGCUGGUCUUAAAGCUGCGUGUCCAACAACUAUUGUCCCCUUCUUUGGUGACCAGCCAUUUUGGGGGGAAAGGGUGCACGCUAGAGGUGUAGGCCCUCCACCUAUACCUGUCGAUGAAUUUUCACUUCCUAAGCUGGUCGAUGCAAUUAAAUUCAUGCUUGAUCCUAAGGUAAAGGAGCGUGCAGUUGAGCUGGCUAAGGCGAUGGAGAAUGAAGAUGGGGUCACUGGAGCAGUAAAAGCCUUCUUUAAGCAUCUUCCUCGCGACAAGAAUGAGCCUGAUCUUGAUCAAACACCUGCACCACCAAGUUUAUUUUCUUUAAGAAGAUGCUUCGGUUUUUCCUAGAUCUCAAAGUGGAUAAAGAUGUGUGAAAUCGUCUAUUUGUCACUAUUAACUAUCUGUAUCUUGUUCCUGUAAUUAUGGAAUAUUUUUAUACACAACCAAUGGUGCUCUCUCCUAGCAAUUGUCUAUAACAUUGAGAUCAUAACAUUGAUACCCUAAGUUGUUGGAUACCAUUGCAAAAUGACGAGCCAAAUAACAUUCUAAAUUGUCCUA